GAAGUGGGUACCCAAAAUGCUUUUUGCUUGCGUGCUGGAAGCUGCAAAAUAAUUGCAUGGGGGGAACCUCUCUCUCCCUGUGAAAUCCCUGCGUUACUGUCAUCAUCAUCUCUGAUCCCCCAUUGACGAAACACGACUCCGCAGCAGAAACGACGAAGGAAGGAGAGAAAGACGGAAAGCUCCACCCGCCAACUUCCUCCGCUCCAGCUCCGUGCGGUUCGCAUCGCGUUCUCGGUCCGUGGUGGAUCGCGGUCGGGGCUCGAUCACCGUCGGGUGGUGACCGCCGCCGGCGGCGACGGCGGGGGCGGCGGGUCGAAGAUCGUUUGGAUCGCGCGGGGCGGCGGAGAGACGACCGGGGCUUGACUUUUCGCCACCUCACUCUCUCUUUCCUGCUCUCGACCAGGAAAGGUGCCAUACUGGGGUAAGCAGUAUUGAGAUUCAUGGGUUGGCUGAGCAAGAUCCUUGGAGGUUCUGGCCAUCGGAAGAAGACGCAUAAUUUCGAGGAUGAAUUGGCAGAUCAAGAAAGAGAAGACAUUGACUACGCGAUCGCACUUUCUCUCUCAGUAGAUGAUCUAAAGGGGAAAAAGUUGGUUGAAGCUGAUGAAGAUGGUCACUCAGAGGAAGAACCACCUACCUAUGUGGAAUCAGAAGAUGAUGAACAAAUUGACCAAGAAGAAUAUGAACUUGUUGAAUCUCCAAACAUGGAAGAGAAGCACAUCGAAUCUCAGUUGGAGGAAGAUCAACAACUUGCCAAGGCUCUCCAAGAAAGCCUGAGUGUUGAAUCACCCCCUCGAUAUGAAAGUGGAAACAUGUUUCGCCCUUACCCAUUCUUCUUCCCUUCCAUGUUCUUUCUUUUUUUGGCAAGGAGGCUUUCUCAGAUUCUCUGAUGAUUUUCAAUCAUAUUUAUGUCUCUUUAGGAUGCAUAUACGUGUAUGUCUAAAUGAUGGUUGUCUUUGUAAAAUCCAAUGCAUCUUGGCAUUAGUAACUAUACCUCAUGUUCAGGUCAUCAGAUAGACAAGUGACUUUUGUAUUGAGUUACCUAUGACUCUGGGCAUCUAAAUUCUAGAUCUGGUUGUGUCA